CGCUUAACUUCCGUUCAUAACUCCCAUCUGUUGCCGGCUUGCCGCUUCUCCAAUGUGAGCUUUCUUCGAUGACCUCCGCUUCUUUUCGACUCUCAGAUGCUCGGCGGCUUGUAAGUUCUAACCCUGUAUCUCUCAUCGUUUCCGUCUUGUCGCGCCAACUGUCCAGUGUAGGUGAAAAAAAUCUUUGUAUUGUGUAGUUGUUACACUUCUUGGCUGAUAUAAACAUAUCUGGUGCACUAAGGCAUCUAUUUCAGAAGGAUGGUACCCAUUAGGAAACUGAGCCACCUGAAGGAGAAAUUUACCUUAUGUUCUUUAAAAUUGAAUCUUGCUAAUUGCAGUGGUAAAAGCCUAUACAAAUCCCUCCCCGUUGAUGCUGAUGGGAAAUUAAAGUUUGUUAGUCAGUUAGCUGGUAUGUCAUUGAUCGACAUAAAUGGACAAUGUAAUUUGGUUAGGUUUCAUCAUUUGUUAUCUCAAUCAUUUUCGACUUUGGGUGGGACAGUCCUUGUCCAGGCUCAGGACCUCGGUAAAAUGAGCGAGGAGAUAGAACACGCAAUUGAUGAGUGUAACCUAUUUUAUGCUUGGGAACUUCUAGAAAGACAUAUCCGAAUGGAUGGGCUCCCCAGAAUGUCAAUUCUGAACAGACUUGUAACAUCAUGUGCGGAAUGUCUAGAAGUUCAAUGGCUUGAAAAGGCUUAUACUUUAGUUGAACAGAUCUUUGAGGAUGACAAGAUUAAUUUAAUGGAGAAAGAGAGCUUGUUUUAUCUCUCAUUUGCAUUUUCAAAAUGCCGAUUGCCUGUUCCAGCAUCUACCCUUCUUAGGAAGCUUGUUGAGAUAGAAAGGUUCCCCCCUGUGGGUCACUGGUGUGCAAUCAUAGGUCACAUGUCACAAACAGCCUCUGGAGCUUAUCUUGCUGCUGAGCUGGUUCUAGAAAUAGGUUAUCUGUUUCAAGAUGGGAGAGUCGACCCGCGUAAAAAGACCAAUUCACCUCUGAUUGCCAUGAAACCUAAUAUCACUUCGUUCAACAUAUCUUUAGCUGGAUGUGUUCUGUUUGGCACAACCCGAAAAGCGGAGCAGCUUCUUGACAUGUUGCCUCGUAUCAACAUAAAGGCUGACACAACCUUAUUGAUCAUCAUGGCUCAUAUUUACGAGAAGAAUGGACGGUUGGAUGAACUGAAGAAGCUGAGGAGACAUGUUGACGAGGCCCAUGACCUCACCGAUACUCAAUUUCGACAGUUUUACAAUUGUCUGCUUGCAUGCCAUUUGAGUUCUGGAGAUCUUGAAUCUGCCUCCCACAUGGUCCUGGAAAUGCUUCGAAAGGCAAAGAAAGCUCAAAAUUCUCUUGGGGUGGCUAAUUUACUGUUUGAGAGCUCUAAGUGGUUCAAUUGUUCAUCAAACCCUGCACUUGAUGUAUAUGGCGGAGGGGAUUUAAAUAGGGGAAAUCAAGAAAAAUUGCAACAGAAGAUCUUAUCUUUUCAAGAUUUCUGUAGGGACAGGAAGUUUUUAAAACUUCAGGCUGAGGCAGAAGAGCUGCUUGAUGACUUGGUUGUUAAGCUACAAAACCAAAUCAAAUUUAUAACAAGUGAGAAUGGAAUUCUCAAACCAUCAGAAUCAGUAUAUGUGAAAUUAGUUAAGGCCUUCUUAGAAGCCGGGAGGACACAGGAUCUGGUGGCCUUCCUUAUCAAAGCUGAGAAAGAAGAUUCCCCUGUUUCAGUUGAUGAUUCAGUCUUGGUUCAAUCAAUCCACACGUGUAUUUCACUUGGGUGGCUAGAACUGGCUCAUGAUCUUCUUGAUGAAAUGCGUUUGGCUGGUGUUAAAACGGGUUCUUCUGUUUAUUCUUCGCUAAUGAAAGCAUACUGCCAAGAGAAAAGAACAGGAGAAGUAAUGUCUCUCCUUCGAGAUGCUCGUAGGGCCGGUGUCCAAUUAGACACAAGCUGCUAUGAUGUAAUGAUUCAAUCACAGGUUCUCCAUAGAGACACCGAAUCAGCUCUUCAUUUGUUCAAGGAGAUGAAAGAGGCUAAAAUUCCAAGGUUAGGGCAACAUAAAAGGUUCGAGUGUAUAGAUGGUAAAGAAGAAGCCAAUUUAAUGUCAAGACUCUUGCAGGAAAUAAAAGAAGGACAGAAAGUAGAUUAUGGAGUUCAUGACUGGAACAAUGUGAUACAUUUUUUCUGCAAAAAGAGACUGAUGAAAGAUGCUGAUAAGGCUUUUAAGAAAAUGAGGAGUUUGGGCCACUUGCCAAACGCACAAACAUUCCAUUCUCUGGUAACUGGUUAUGCAUCUGUGGGUGGAGAAUAUACAGAGGUUGCAGAUUUAUGGGGUCAAAUGAAAUCCAUUGCGAACUGUGGUGGCAUGAGGUUUGAUGAGGAGCUAUUGGAUGGGGUGCUUUAUACAUUUGUGAGAGGUGGCUUCUUUACUAGAGCAAAUGAGGUUGUGGAGAUGAUGGAGGAACGGAAAAUGUUUGUUGAUAAGUACAAGUAUCGUGCACUCUUCUUGAAAUAUCAUAAAACACUCUACAAAGGAAAGGCUCCCAAGUUUCAAACAGAAGCCCAUCUUAAAAAGAGAGAAGCUGCUUUGACUUUUAAGAGAUGGGUGGGCUUACAUUGAAGAAUGUUUUUGAAUGCUAUCAUGAGUGAGAUUUACUUUAUCUGUGGAUAUCGUGGCCUUGUGGGGCAUUCUUGGAUAAAGUGACCCUGAUCGGAUUGAACCUCUUGAUUGAAGAUCGGAUUGACCCCCUUUUGUGAAGCUUAGUGUCCAUGGCGCUUUCCAAGGGUUCAUUUGUGGAGACAAAUCAAAGAAAUCAAAUAUGCAUGGUAUGAGAUCCGAUAUGUGCAUAUAGAUGCUGUCAGGAUGUAUUCUUCUGGCUUUCACUCUAAUCCUCAGGAGGACUGGAAGUACAAAGGGAAAAAAACUGGUGAGAAAAUACAGAUUGGAGCGUAGCUAUAUAACAUAAUCCCUAAAUCAAAUGAAAACCGCCUUUGCAAGUAAGGUUUUCUUUCUUUGCACGUGAACUUCACAGUUUUCGUGAAUUGCUUAGGCUCAUCCUUUCAAAACACUUCAUCCAAACACACCCUUAAUAAAUCAAUAAUUCUAAGGGAAACCCAUUUUGGUACACUUUAAUGUUUCCAGAUUAUCAGUUGUAGAGAUAAAGGCAUUUGGGUGGCAUGUGAGUUUGAUGGGACCCAUGUGGCUUUAUUUCUACAUUUGGUUGCUUGGGACAUUAAUAUAAUAGCCAUAGAUAUAUGAGCUCCAUUUUAUUUGCUUCACUACUAUCUCCAGGUCCAUUUCUCAAGCUUAUUAUUAUUAGAGUUCAGUGAAAUGAGGGACGAGCCGGCAAGGGAUGCAUCUUGCCAGUCAUCUGCCUCUUCAAGUGAUGAGAGAACCUCAGCCACACUGUUAUGUGAUUUUGGGGUUCAAAUCUCCAAAAUUUAAAAUCGUACAGGAAUUGGUGUUGGGCAGAACCGUCUGAAAAUUAGAGCAACAAAAAGAUGCGGAGUAAAGGAUAAGUUUCUAAGGGUUACUGUACUUUAAAAUGCUGGCAAUGGAACCUCAACCAGGUCACAAAGUGUUUUGCCCACAGAAUACGUCUCAGCUUGCAUGAGGGUUGUUUUUGCAAUGGCAAUAAGCUGGGAUUUUUGACUCUUUUAGCGAAAAAACUUUAUCACAAUGUCAAAGUAGGCGGUGUAUUCAAUUAAAAAUCGUACUCUUUAAUUAAGAGCUUAAAAGUUGUGCUUUUACCAGACUUUAAAUAGCCCACUAUUAUUGACCUAGGGUGUUGAAAUAAAA